GUUAUCCAAAUCUCAAACCAGAAUUUCUUCAUCUUUUUUCUGUUCCAGGUUUUUAAAUGCUUCCUUCUUCAAUAUAAUUUCAACCCGGCUAUAUAUUUGUUUUUUUUUUCUUCUGAAAUUGGGUAUCUUGAUAUGUUCGUACGUAAAUCUUGAUAUUGUUACACGCAUAUAUUUACGUAGGUUCGAAAUUGCGGAGUUUGAGUUUCAUAAUUUUGUGACAUGGAGUUAGGCGUGGCGAGUCUGGAUUUAAAUUCGGAGAACUUUCUGAAGCAGUUUUACAUACCUAGCUAUAUAAUCACUUCACAGGCUAAGGCCGAGUGUUUGCCCGACGUACCCGAAUGCCCCGUUUUGGUGUUCAUCAAUUCGACAAGUGGCGGUCAACUAGGUGGCGAUCUUCUUAUCACGUAUCGGUCCUUACUAAACAAAGACCAGGUUUUUGAUUUAAGCGAAGAAGCUCCCGAUAGCGUGCUAAGAAGGGUUUUUCUCAAUCUCGAAAGGCUCAAGAAUAACGGAGAUCAAUUUGCUCCUAAACUUGAGGAGAAGUUUAGAAUAAUUGUUGCUGGCGGAGAUGGUACAGCUGGCUGGAUUCUCGGGGUGGUUUCUGAUCUGAAAUUGUCUCAGCCUCCACCCGUUGCUACUGUACCUUUGGGAACCGGAAAUAAUCUGCCGUUUGCAUUUGGUUGGGGUAAGAGAAAUCCUGGCACCGACCGUAAUUCGGUUCUCUCGUUCCUGGAACAAGUGCGGAAAGCAAAAGAAAUGAGAAUAGAUAGUUGGCACAUUCUCAUGCGAAUGAGAGUACCGAAGGAAGGGAGUAACUGUGAGCCGAUUGCGCCAUUAGAGUUGCCGCAUUCAUUGCAUGCUUUUCAUCGGGUUUCCUCAACAGAUGAUCUCAACGUCAAAGGUUACGACACAUUCCGUGGAGGGUUUUGGAACUACUUCAGCAUGGGAAUGGACGCACAAGUGUCUUAUGCAUUCCACUCCGAGCGCAAACUUCAUCCCGAAAAAUUCAAUAACCAGCUCAUAAAUCAGAGUACAUACGCAAAGCUUGGAUGCACACAAGGAUGGUUUUUUGCUUCUCUAGCUCACCCCUCCUCAAAGAAUAUCGGCCAACUUUGCAAGGUUAAGGUCAUGAAAAAGCACGGCGACUGGCAUGAUCUCCGUAUUCCUCACAGCAUCAGGUCAAUUGUAUGCCUUAACUUGCCGAGCUUUUCUGGUGGACUAAAUCCUUGGGGAACUCCAAACACUAAUCGACGCCGUUACAAAGACCUGACUCCACCUUUCGUAGACGACGGAUUAAUUGAGGUUGUUGGUUUUAAAGACGCUUGGCAUGGACUUGUUUUACUUGCUAAAAACGGACAUGGUACCCGUCUUGCUCAGGCACAACGCAUCCGAUUUGAGUUCCGCAAAGGUGCGGCCGAGGAUACAUACAUGAGGAUCGACGGAGAACCGUGGAGACAGCCACUUCCGGUAGAUGACGAGACAGUAGUAGUGGAAAUAUCAGCACUUGGGCAAGUUAAGAUGCUAGCUACGAACGAUUGCAUAUCGAAAAGUGUGUUAGACCCAUCGUCGACUCCAAUGAAUCUUGACGAUGAUAGUGAUAACGAAGAAGAUGAGUCUGUCGGGGAAGAAUGCAGGAAAUUUGGAGCUGCAGAUACUUUCAAGAUUCCAGACGAGGUCGAUAUUUCUCAGUUCAGUUAAAUUAAUUUUUUCGUCCGCCAUGUUUUGAUUAGUCUCUGCUUUUCUUUUUUAUACAAGCGUAGUAUAUCAUCAAUCAAUUUCGAUCUCUUACCUAUUCUUUUCUCUUCGAUCCCCCAUUAAUUGUUUUUUUUAAGAUGAAAUAUAUUGUGUAGGUUCUUCGACUGUGCUUCCUUUUUCCAGUUGAUAGCAUAAAUGAUCAUACUUGAUCUUUUCUUC